AUGAUCCAAUUUAACCCCUUUCAGGAUACCAAACAUGUAGGCAUUCCACUGCAGACGGAAAAUCUGGAGCCAGGGCUGUCGGGACCGGAUGGGCUUGAUGGAGAAGGAGCACCAGGGCCUCAGGGAAUGGUGGGACCUCGAGGAGUGCAAGGAUCGUUUGAAGAUCAAGGAGAGCGAGGAUUAAAGGAAAUCCAAGGUCCACCGGCAGAGCAUGGACCACUGGGUAGUGGUAAGUAG